UUCCCUCCUUUGUUCUUUUCUCUCUUUUAUCUCUCCCCCCUCAAUCCUCGUGCCCUCCCAUUCCUCUCCCUCUCUCUGGUUUUAAUGCCCAGUGCCCUCCACCUUCUGUCUCCUUGAAGAUGAGAUGUUCAUCUUCUGAAAAUGGCUGAAAUCUCCACAUUAGAGUUGUGUUCUUAAGUUUCUUUCCUGAGAUCCUCUUGUCUAUAGAUCAUCAUGAACAAUCUUAAGCUAGGGGUAGAUGUGGUCAGUGCCCACAAUCUUUUGCCUAAAGAUGGGCAUGGCUCAUCCAGUGCCUUUGUGGAGCUAUAUUUUGAUGGUCAGAAGUUCCGAACCACCAUCAAAGAAAAGGAUCUAAACCCCGUCUGGAACGAAAGCUUUUAUUUCAACAUCUCCGAUCCAUCCAGCCUCCGUUAUCUGUCCCUUGAUGCCUAUGUUUAUAAUAACAUUAAAGCAACCAACACCAGGUCCUUCCUCGGCAAGGUUUGCCUUUCUGGGUCUUCUUUCGUUCCUUAUUCAGAUGCUGUCAUCUUACACUACCCUUUGGAGAAGCGUGGGAUUUUCUCACAUGUAAGAGGAGAGCUUGGCUUGAAAGUGUAUGUUACUGAUGACCAGUCUAUAAAGUCUUCAACUCCACUUCCUGCUGGUGAAUCUGUUGCAAGUAAAGAUGCCAGCUUACACGCCCAGACAGUUUCAGCUCCAGGAAAAAGUGAAAGACAUGAUACAAGGCAUGUCUUUCAUCAUCUCCCCAAUUCAAACCAUCAUCCAAAUCAGCAUGCAACAUCUCCUCAAGCAGGUCAUCAUUAUGUAACAAAGUUUCAGGCUGAUGAGAUGAAAUCUGAACCGCCACCUAAGAUUGUUCGGAUGUACUCUGCAAUGUCCUCACAACCUGCUGAUUUUGCACUCAAGGAGACGAGUCCUUUUCUUGGAGGGGGAAGAGUUGUUGGUGGUCGUGUCAUUCGUGGGGACAAGAUGGCAAGCACCUAUGAUCUUGUUGAGCGAAUGCACUUUCUUUAUGUGAGAGUUGUUAAAGCUCGUGAUCUUCCUGCCAUGGAUGUUACAGGGAGUAUUGAUCCAUUUGUUGAGGUAAGAAUUGGAAACUAUAGAGGAAUUACAAAACACUUUGAGAAAAAGCAAAAUCCAGAGUGGAAUCAGGUGUUUGCCUUUUCAAGAGAGCGGAUGCAAGCUUCUGUUCUUGAAGUUGUGAUUAAGGAUAAGGAUUUGGUCAAAGAUGAUUUUGUAGGGAUAGUAAGGUUUGACAUCAAUGAGGUUCCACUACGUGUUCCUCCAGAUAGUCCUCUUGCUCCAGAAUGGUAUCGACUCGAGGAUAAGAAGGGAGAGAAAGUAAAGGGUGAGCUAAUGCUAGCCGUCUGGAUUGGCACCCAAGCAGAUGAGGCUUUUCCUGAUGCAUGGCAUUCUGAUGCAGCUACACCUGUUGAUAGUGGGCCAGCCACAUCCACUGUGAUACGUUCAAAGGUUUAUCAUGCUCCAAGAUUGUGGUAUGUCCGUGUUAAUGUGGUUGAGGCACAAGACUUGGUUCCAACCGAGAAAAACCGGUUUCCUGACGUGUAUGUUAAAGCACAGAUAGGGAACCAAGUUUUGAAAACAAAGAUAUGCCAGGCUCGAACUCUGAAUGCACUAUGGAAUGAAGAUCUCUUGUUUGUUGCUUCUGAGCCCUUCGAAGAUCAUCUUGUUCUCUCAGUCGAGGAUCGAAUAGGUCCUGGUAAAGAUGAAAUACUAGGGAGAGUCAUCAUUCCGUUGAACACUGUAGAAAAACGUGCUGAUGAUCGAAUAAUUCAUUCUCGUUGGUAUGGCCUGGAGAAGCCGGUUGCUGUGGAUGUUGAUCAAUUGAAGAAAGAUAAAUUUUCUAGUCGUAUCCAUCUUCGAGUUUGUCUUGAUGGAGGAUAUCAUGUUCUUGAUGAAUCCACUCAUUACAGUAGUGACCUCCGCCCCACAGCAAAACAACUAUGGAGGCCACCUAUUGGAGUCUUGGAACUUGGCAUCUUGAAUGCGGUAGGGCUGCAUCCAAUGAAGACAAGAGAUGGCAAGGGUACAUCAGACACGUACUGCGUGGCAAAGUAUGGCCACAAAUGGGUCCGGACCCGCACAAUUGUGGACAACCUGUGUCCAAAAUACAAUGAGCAAUACACUUGGGAGGUGUUUGAUCCAGCUACAGUUCUCACCGCUGGGGUAUUUGACAACAGCCAGCUAGGGGACAAAGGUUCCAGUGGAAACAAGGACCUAAAAAUUGGCAAGGUUCGAAUUCGAAUAUCAACACUUGAAACAGGCCGUGUCUACACGCAUUCUUAUCCUCUCCUGGUUCUUCAUCCUACUGGAGUUAAGAAAAUGGGGGAGUUACACUUGGCCAUCAGAUUUACAUGCACAUCUUUUGUAAACAUGCUUUAUCAAUACUCCCGGCCACUUUUGCCGAAAAUGCACUAUGUCCGGCCUUUCAGUGUGAUGCAGCUUGACAUGCUACGCCACCAAGCUGUCAACAUUGUAGCGGCAAGAUUAGGUCGAGCAGAGCCUCCACUUCGCAAAGAGGUGGUUGAAUAUAUGUCCGAUGUUGAUUCACACCUUUGGAGUAUGCGCCGAAGCAAGGCAAAUUUCUUUCGACUGAUGACAGUUUUCUCAGGGUUGUUUGCUGUUGGGAAAUGGUUUGCUGAUAUUUGCAUGUGGAAAAAUCCUGUUACCACAGUGCUUGUUCAUGUCCUGUAUCUCAUGCUUGUGUUUCUUCCUGAAUUGAUUUUGCCCACCAUCUUCCUUUACAUGUUUCUGAUAGGGAUAUGGAACUACCGGUAUCGACCUAGGUACCCUCCACACAUGAAUACAAAGAUUUCCCAAGCUGAAGCAGUUCAUCCUGAUGAGCUUGAUGAGGAGUUUGACACAUUCCCAACUAGCCGGAGCCCGGAGCUAGUGAGGAUGAGAUAUGAUAGAUUGAGAAGUGUGGCAGGUCGAAUUCAGACUGUAGUUGGUGAUAUAGCAACGCAGGGAGAGCGGUUUCAGGCACUAUUAAGCUGGCGAGACCCUCGUGCUACAGCCAUCUUUGUCAUAUUCUGCUUGAUAGCUGCCAUAGUUUUGUUUGUUACACCAUUCCAGGUGAUAGCAGCUUUGGCUGGCUUCUAUUCAAUGAGACACCCAAGAUUUCGUCACAGGUUGCCAUCGGUGCCCAUCAACUUCUUCCGACGCCUGCCUGCCAGGACAGAUAGCAUGUUGUAAACUGUGAGUUAUGUGGACUUGAAUUCUAAAUAAACGUGAGCCGGGAUUAGGCCAUGGAUGAUCUGUAACUUAGCAUACUGCUAAAAUGUAGAAUAAAAUCUUAUCGUUAC